CCGGUUUUGCCUUCGCGCACUUUGGCUGUUGGAUGAUAAGUUUUGUAUCAUUGUAAAGACAAGUUUCAGCAAAAAUGUAAACAAAAGUUGACACCAUCUAAAGGAAUUCUAGAAAAAUGACGGAGAGGCCAUCUCAUUUUUCCUCCCAGGGACUGAGCCAUAGCUUCAGUAUGGCGAGUCUUGCUGAGGGGAGCAGUGAGCCUAUCUCAGAGGCUGAAGAAAUAAAUGAGAUGAAAUCACUAACUGAAAUGGGAAACAAAGCAAUGCAGAUUCGAGACUUUAAUGAAGCCAUCAAGCACUACGAUGAAGCUCUAGAAAUUGAUGAUAAAAAUGUUGAGGUUUUAAAUGCCAGAAUACUCGCUUUUAUUGAAAUGAAAGAUUUUAAAAGGGCACACAAAGAUGCAGAAUACUGGAUUUCACUGGAUUCAGACAGUGCAAAGGCUUUCAGGUUCUUAGGAAUGACCUUACAUGAACUGGACAGACCUGGAGAAGCCUUGAAUGCCUUCUUGACAGCUCUUGACCUUGACCCUCAGAGUGCUGAUGAACUGACCACUAGUAUAGCUACUGUGUCCACAUUCUUCUGUGAAAUACCCCCAGAUGUCCUCAGAAAGAUCAAAGGAAUGGACCCCUACAAGAAGCUAAGUGAGGUUGGAGUCUGUUUAUUCCAAAGCAAGAAAUAUGAGCUAACUAUCAAGAUUCUAGAGGCAGCUCAAAAGUUUGAAACAAACCAGAAAGGAAUAACAAUGAGAGUGCUUCUAACAAUGGCAAAUUCCUUCUCGGCCCUAAGGAAGAAUGAACAAGCAAUUAACUUGUACCAAGAAUGUCUCAGCACAGCCAUGGCUACCCAUGAGCAGAUAUACCAGACAAAAUCAUUGGUUAACAUUGCUACAUUAUAUUUGGAAAUUAAAGAUACCCAUCAGGCCAUUGUGUACUAUGAGAAAUUGUUAGAUUUGGAGGCAGAGAUCAGAGAAGAGGCUGGGUCUGAAGAAAAUUUUCCUGAUUUUUGGACAAAAGAGUUGCAAUGUGGACUUCAUUUGAAUUUAAGUAUUGCUUACAAAUCCAUUGGAAACAUGGCAUAUGCUGAAAAACAUGCUCGAAAAUAUGUGAAACUACUGGAGAAGUUUGGUAUUGAAGGACGUGCACAGUCAGAGUCAUACCACAACACGGGAAUGUUGAAUGAAAUUCUGGGAAAUUUUAAUGAAGCUUUGAAAAAUUAUUCCUUGUACCUCAGGGUCUGCAAAAAGAAUGGUGACAAAAAAGGCAUGGCUCAGGCAUAUGGCUGUUUAGGAAGUGUAUAUGCCGCAAUUCGAAAUUGGAAACUAUCAAUUACUUACCAUGAACAGCAUAUUGCCAUGGCCAAAAAAUUUAAUGAUCCCAAAAUGUUAGUCAUUGCUUAUGAAAUGAUGGCAGACACAUACAUGGUCAAGGAGGACUUUGACAAAGCUGUUGAAAAUUACAAUCAAAUGUUAAAUUCAUGCAUAAGAACAGACUACAGAGCUAAAUCUAUGGCCUUCUGUAAACUUGGCAAUGCUUACAGAGAUAUGAAAAAGAUUCAGUAUGCCAUUGGAUUUUAUGAACAAGCUUCCAAUCUGGCAGAGGAUUUUGAUUAUGUAGAUAUUUUAACCAUGUGUCACUACAACCUAGCCUGUAUCAAAAGACACUCAAAACAAAUGAUGGAAAUUGAGGAAGCUAGGAAAUAUUUCGAAAAACUUAUUCCUUUAUUUGAAACAAAAAUUCGGGAACACAGAGAUGAAGAUACAUACUGCCCAUCAGAAUAUUAUUCCCAGCUCCAAGAAUGCUACGAUGGUAUUCAAAAUGUCUUAUGCAAAAUGGGAAACAAAGAAGAAUGUUUGCAGUAUGCUGAAGCAUACAGGAAACGCUUUAUUACUCAGAUCAAGGGACACCCUGUGUCGUACAUAAACUUUGGGCCACAGACCGAUUUCUGGGCAGUGGAUCGUAUGUCCCGAUUGGUCAAUGAACAGAAUGCCGCUGUGGUUUACUAUUCGGUUCUCAGCCACCGAGUUCUGAGUUGGGUGUUUGUACCGGGAAGUGGUUUGGUGCGGUUCUACUCUGGGAAGUCAGCUGAUGUGGAAGAUAUGCAAGAUAGGAUCCAGAUUUGCUUGGAUGGUCUUAAAAACACACCCGACUGGAAAACCAUGCAGAAUUCUUGUGAAGACCGCUGCUUGCCAAUUAGAAAUGCUCAACUACAGUACACAAGGAGAAAGAACUUAGCCCUCGGAAAAGAUGUGAAACAAGACACAACAAACAAAGACUUGUCAGAAGAGGGAAGCCCAAACAAAAUUCUGUUUAAUCUCCUUUUAGCCCCUGUGGAAGACAUUCUUAUGAAACUCCCCCAGAAGAGCCACCUUAUAAUUAUUCCUGACAAGAACUUGUAUGACUGUCCAUUUGGCAUCCUCCAAGACUGGAAUGCCAGAUACUUGUGUGACAGGUUUCAUUUGACUUUAUUGCCCAGUCUGUUUGCUCUGGAAAAAGUCAUUAACAAUGAAAUGAACUAUAUGAAAGCCCAAGAUGACCUUGACUUUGAAAGAAGCCAAACUAGAAAUGGGGGGAUGAACAGAGUUCUGGCGCAGAUGGUAAUGACCAAUGCAAUCAGUCCCGACGUGGAAAAAGAAGACACACAUGAUUCAUAUGACUUACGGAAAACAGCUAACCCUAGACUUCUGACUACAAUGUUGGGCAUGCCUGCUUCAGCAGGAAGCAAUAAAGGAGAAAUGAACUUAAAAGGUACACUCCCUUCUUCUCAAGAAUCUCUCAGAGGUGUGUUUUCUCCAAGAAAGCCUUUACCGGGCAUUGUAACUCAUAACACUGCCAAUAAAUAUCAGUCCCAAAUUGGUAGCCCACUGCCCAUGGAAAAAAUGCUGAAUGCUCAUACAUACACAAUUUUGACCAAUAGGACUUCAACAGGAACUGACAUCACUUCCUCUACCAUGUGUAUUACAUCAUACCAGCAGAUUUGUGAUACAGAUAAAUGUGUGGUCUUUGGAAAUCCAAAACUCCCUGAAAAACUUCUUGUUUAUGACUGUGAAUGGAAGCCAGCCAAUGUAUAUCUACCAGCAGCUAAAAGGGAACUGAGUGCUGUAGCUUCCUAUCUCAAUGUUCAUCCUAUCACAGGACCAGAUGCAACCAAGGAGAAUUUCAUAUCAAGCAUAGAAAAUGCUACAGUCAUUCAUAUAGCAUCCUAUGGUUGUUGGAAGGAGGGAUUCAUUGUUUUCACUCCUGGGGAGGUGAAGUUACAUGAGGGUCCUCCUCAGCAGUCCUCCUUUAUUCUCUCACUGGAGGACAUCAUACAGCUAAAACUGAGGGCCAAGAUUGUGGUCCUCAAUAUUGGAUAUGGUCCUAACAGAUACAAAGAGUGUCUUCCUCCUGGCUUUACUUUGCCAUCAGCCUUCCUCAAUGCUGGUGCUCAGUGUGUAUUAGUAAGCAUGUGGUCUCUGCCAAACAUUGCUAUGGAGAAGUUCUACUACCACUUCUAUACCACCUUAAAUAAGGGAGCACUGGUCACUGAUGCCCUUGGUGCAGGCAUUAAAGGUCUCAGG